GUGAAGCGAAGCGGGGACGCGCUUGCGGGGUGGGGAAGGCGGGGGCGCGGCGGUGGCGGGAGCGUCCACGGUCUCCGCCCCUGUUUCCCACUCUCCUUUCACCUCCCACCGGCCGGGACUCCGGAGAGACGCCGUGUGCCAGUUCCCGGAGCCGCCCUGCAGCCGCCGCCUCCUCCCUCCGCUUGUGGUGAGCCCGUCAGUCUCCGCACUGUGCGCUCCUCCGUCUGGGCCAUGGAUGGUGUUGUUACAGAUCUUAUAGCAGUCGGUUUAAAGCGGGGAUCUGAUGAGCUUCUUUCUUCUGGCAACAUUAACGGACCUUUUACCAUGAAUAAUUCUACUUCUACAGGUGUGUAUGCUAAUGGGAAUGACAACAAGAAAUUUAAAGGAGAUAGACCUCCCUGUUCGCCUUCCCGUGUUCUCCAUCUUCGCAAAAUUCCAAGUGAUGUCACCGAAGCAGAGGUCAUAUCAUUAGGUCUACCAUUUGGCAAAGUAACUAAUCUUUUGAUGUUGAAAGGAAAAAGCCAGGCUUUCUUGGAAAUGGCUUCUGAGGAAGCUGCUGUUACUAUGGUGAAUUAUUAUACUCCUGUUACUCCUCACCUUCGAAGCCAGCCUGUUUUUAUUCAGUAUUCCAAUCACAGAGAACUUAAGACUGACAAUCUACCUAAUCAAGCUAGAGCCCAAGCUGCACUGCAGGCUGUCAGUGCUGUCCCGUCAGGAAGUCUGGCCCUUCCUGGAGCUCCUACCAAUGAAGGCACAAUCCUACCUGGGCAGAGCCCUGUGCUCCGAAUAAUUAUUGAAAACCUCUUUUACCCUGUUACUCUGGAAGUUCUUCAUCAGAUAUUUUCUAAAUUUGGCACCGUCUUGAAGAUUAUUACCUUUACAAAGAAUAAUCAGUUUCAAGCCUUGCUUCAGUAUGCUGACCCAUUGAAUGCACAUUAUGCCAAACUGGCUCUGGAUGGCCAGAAUAUCUAUAAUGCAUGCUGCACUCUGCGUAUUGACUUCUCCAAGCUCACCAGCCUUAAUGUGAAAUAUAAUAAUGACAAAAGCAGAGACUUCACUCGCUUAGACCUUCCUACUGGUGAUGGCCAGCCAUCUCUUGAACCCCCUAUGGCUGCUGCUUUUGGUGCACCAGGCAUAAUUUCCUCACCAUAUGCAGGGGCUGCUGGAUUUGCCCCAGCCAUUGGAUUUCCUCAAGCUACAGGUCUAUCAGUCCCAGCUGUUCCUGGAGCUCUCGGUCCUCUCACAAUCACCUCCUCUGCUGUCACUGGAAGGAUGGCCAUUCCUGGGGCUAGUGGUAUACCAGGAAAUUCUGUUCUACUCGUCACCAAUCUCAAUCCUGAUCUUAUCACACCACAUGGGCUUUUUAUCUUAUUUGGAGUAUAUGGUGAUGUGCAUCGAGUGAAGAUUAUGUUUAAUAAGAAAGAAAAUGCCUUGGUUCAGAUGGCAGAUGCAAAUCAAGCUCAGCUAGCAAUGAACCAUCUGAGCGGUCAGAGACUGUAUGGGAAAGUGCUUCGAGCUACACUGUCCAAACAUCAAGCAGUGCAGCUUCCUCGGGAGGGACAAGAAGAUCAAGGUCUCACUAAGGAUUUUAGCAAUAGUCCUUUACAUCGCUUUAAAAAGCCUGGUUCUAAAAACUUCCAGAAUAUUUUUCCACCAUCAGCCACUCUGCAUCUUUCUAACAUCCCCCCUUCUGUUACAGUUGAUGAUCUGAAGAACCUUUUUACAGAAGCUGGAUGUUCAGUGAAGGCUUUUAAAUUCUUUCAGAAAGAUCGCAAAAUGGCACUCAUUCAGUUAGGAUCUGUGGAAGAAGCAAUCCAGGCCCUCAUUGAGCUUCAUAACCAUGACCUUGGAGAAAAUCACCACCUCAGAGUUUCCUUUUCAAAAUCUACAAUCUAACUUUUCUGUGAAUUUUUUCUCCUAAGACUGGACCAUAAUUUCAGUAAAACCUUCAGACGUAGACAAGCAGCUCAAGACCAAUUCUGCCUCUUUCACAAAAAUAACUUUCUGAGUUUGAUAUUCAAAUAUAUUUAAGAAAAUCAAGGGAUGUUAUUUUUUCCCAUGUUUUCCCCCCUGCAAAUAUGUGAUCAAAGGUUUGUUUAUCCUUUGUACCAUAGUUUCUAUGAAAACAACUUUCAGGAAAAAAAAAAUCAGGAAAAAAUUUUUUCCCAAUAAUUUAGUUCCUGAUAUUAAAUUGGGUUUCAAGAGGACAGGCUUUCUUUUAGUUUGGGUCCAGAUCAGUCUUAUACAAUAUUUCUAAACUCCUUUGUACUUUGAAAAAUUUAAGCAUACAUAUACUUUUAAAAUUACUUGAGGUAAGUAAUUUAUAUUACCUACAAUCAAGUUUUUAACUUGAUGAUUCAGAAGUUUGAGCCCUAUAGGAAAUUAUGUUCACUUAUAAAUUACAUAGAUUAUUUGGCAUAUAUUGAUAGUUAUUAUACAUAAACAAAAAUUGGGGUAUAUUUGAAGCAAAUUUAUAAACUUGCAUGUUUUCUUUGACUGAUUCCAUUUUUUUUCUGUAAGACACCCCUUUGAAUAAUGCAUAUAUUUAACUUCAUAAGAAUUUGUAGAAAUGAAGUGUCUCAGCUGUCCCCAAGGAAAUUAAGUGGAAUCCAACAAGGAUCUAUUAAGUUGUCAGAAUAAUUAAUAAUUUUAUUAGGAAAACUCAUGUUUUAAAUUUCAGAAUGACACAUUUGCUGAGUAAUAUAAUGUCAUCUUGACAAUUAAAAAAAAUCCUACUUAUAAACUACUUUUUUAUAAUUGUUUUCAGAAAAAACGUUUACAGUCUUAAGGAAAUAUUCAGGUCUAUCAUAUGGUUUGACAGAUUUUUUAAAAGUUAUUUUUGGUAAGGUCUUCUUUUAGAAAAAAAAUAAUCUCAAGGGUUUUUUGUACCACUAUAAUCUCUAAUACUUAUUCAGAAUUACUGUGUAUUUACUUAAUUUCUUAUUAUGUGCCUUAUUAUGUGCUUAUGAUACAAUAGGUUAGAGUUUUAUCUAAGUAUCUUGAAAGCUAUAUUGUGGGCUUGGUGAGCAUUUUGUUUUUUCACUCCUUGUUUUGGUAAAGAUUUUAAAGUUUUUUUUCAUUGCAAUUUUAAGUGGUUUUCAAUAAGUAAUAGUUUCUAUUUAAAUUUUUGGUGCUUUGGUGCAGAGAUGGGGUGGGGAUGGGUAAAUGGUUUGGAGAGUAACUCAGUACACACCUGUAGGCCUCUUCAUGUGGUGACCAGUAGGUCAUUGCCAGUUACAGUGUACCAAUUUGGGGCUAUAAAAUGCAGUUUCAGUUUCUGGAUCUUGUUUGAUCUCUAUCACCCAUUAGAAUUUGUCUCAGGAUUACUUGUUUUUUUCUCAGUACUCAAAAAAGAACAUGCUUUUCUUUGUUACUGUAGCUUCAUUACUCAGUGCCCACGUAUCUAGAGGAUGAGAAGGUGGUUUUUUCUCAUACUCUGUCUCUUUCUUUUUGGUUGAAUGUAAGAGUACACUUUAAUGUUGUUUCAGUGGUUAUAAAAUGUAAAAUUUUUUUUAAUGAGAGACUUUACUUUCAUUAAUUACUCCAUCAGUGUUUGAUCAGAUUUUUUAAAAGCAGUACUUGUCAAAAGGGUCAUUUUUGUCCGCCUCUUUUACACUUUUAAGAUUCUCAGAGUGGCUCAUCUCACUCUUUAAAAAGAAUAUUUCAAUCUCUGAUAUAUUUCAACCAUGAAUUUGAACACAGGUUUUUGCAAAAGAAAUGUUAAAAAAUUGGAGAUGAUAAAAGAUAGUAUAAAUUGUUAAAAAGUAGAUUCACUCAACACUGAACAACAGUUGGUAGAACUAAAUGGAGACCUUCAGAUGGAUCGGUUUUAGCAUUAGCUGAAUAGAGAGGAUUAAUCAUUUAUCUAAUUUGAUUUUUUCCAAAUAUAAAGUAUAUUUUUACUGAAACACCAAGUGAGAAGGAAAAUCAAUUUCUUUGAGAAAUCUCCCAAAAUUUGCUUCUUUUUUUUCCUUGCAUAUAGGCACAUUAUAAUUUCUAGUAGCAUUUUACAUCAGAUUAUUUCAUUUGAGGUAGGAAUGACUGUAAUUGUAAUUCAUGGUUCUUACAAUAUUCAGUGUAAGUGUAGCAAAAGUGUAGCAGAAAGGAGAUUAUAAUGGGGUUGAAUGUAAUUUUGAAGUAGGGAAAGGCCUUUAAAUCUUAGAACAUUUGAAUCCUUUUCAGGGAUCUGUGUAUAGAUAAGUGUAUAUACUCCUUAUCUGUACACUCCUCUAAUGUACAUAUAUAUGCACAUUACAUACAUUUUAAUUUAUCGAUAAAAUCAAAUUAAGAUUUGGAAAAGUGAGAUGCUUGUUUAAAAUAGUGUAUUUGAAACCAUCAAUUGGUGUCUGAAAUUAGCUGUAGCACAUGGCUGUUGUCCAUAUUGGGCUAUUUGCUGUUUGAAUUACAGAGGUCUACAGUAUUUGUUGGUAUAGUUUCUGUAAAAAUGUCAGGGGAGUAGAAAAACUAGAUAUUUGUAUUUUUGUUUUGGCAUGCAUUUAUUUGAUAUCUUCUAAGCAAUGUUUAUUUUUGCUGUUUGAGCUGUCAUAGUAUCCUAUUUUUAGGUUUAUUUACUUUAUUUUAAGGAAUAUUGUCUUGUCACUUUUAGAAGUGUCUUUGACUUUACACAAAGUAUAUAUAUUCAGGACUUUAAAAAAAUAGCAGUACACAGUUAACAAUAGCAAUUUAUGCCAAAAGGUUUUACUUUGAGAUUUAAAUAACUUGCAUAGCAGUAAAAUGUGUUUUCUGUGAGAUACAAAUAGAAAAUACCCAGUGUCUUAAUUGAUAACUUACUGGAGAGUAUCAGAAUUCCUCAGUAGCCCCUGGAGAAUGCCAUAAAUUGUUUGUGUAAGACUAAAUAUUGUAAUCUGUUAGUUACAGAAAUGUUUCUGAUUCUGUGUUGAAAGAUACAGAUCUCACAGUUUUUAGAGAGACAAUUUCUGCCUGCCUAAUUCCUUAUGGGAGCGAUUCCUUCUUUGGCUCCACCUAGGAUGGUUGAUCAUAGGUUCUGUGUCAGUUGAUAAAAAGUGUGCUCAUGAAUAUCUGUUCAGUUUCAUAUAAACUUUUCAAAGCUUCGAUGUCAUUAGGCAGCAAAGUUUAUACAUUGAGUAUAUUAUCAUGCAGUUUCUCUUCUGUUUCCACAAAAUAUUUUCAGACAAAAGAUGAUAAGCUCAAAAGUAUGUUUUACCCUCUCUCACUUAAAAACCCUAUGUUUGCCAAACUGUGAGCCUCUUUUAUAAAACCUAAUGUGUACUGCUAUUUUUAAAACCAGAAAGGCAACAUUACUAUGCGUAAAAGCAUUUUUCUUAGCCUUUCCUUUGUCUUGAUCAGUUGUUAACAAGAAUAAAACCACCAGACUUAAAAUAGUCUACUAUUGUGCUAGAAGAAAUACAAUUUAGAUUGCACAAAACUUUUCCUUUAAAGAAAAUACAACUCAGCUGUCUUUUAAAACAGCUGUGUUCUUAUCUACAAGACUAUUUGCAGUCUUUUUUCAGAGCAAAUUCUAACCGUUGUGAAUGGCUUAAAAUAUAGGAAAUUACUGAAAUAUUAGUUUUUGGUGUUUUAUAGAGGGAGAGAAAACAGGACCAAAGUUUAUGUGCCUUCUUCAGUAGUCUUAAUUGACCUUUUCUUCCUAUUUGAGACCAAGGUAGUAGUAUCAGUAUUCUGGUUUCAGGAAAUAUGUACUAUAUAGUUUUAAAAGAAUGUUAUCCCACAGGCUAUUCACACAAGCAGAAAAUUGUAGCUGUAUAAAUGAAGUCUCAGUUACACUUUUGCCUUUAUCACAUAUUCUUCAUUAUAUAACAUUAUGCAGGUCCAAGAGCAGAGCUGCUCUACAUCUUUGUGGCAGUCAUCUUAGUUUUUGUAACCUGAGGCAUAUGUUCCAGAGAACAGGGAUAUUUGUCUGGUCCAGUGACCUUGGUGAUACUUGUCAUGAUUGAAAGCUGCUUAUGGCAAGCUUAAAUCAACACUGUAAACAGGUUUUUGUUGUUAUUUUCAGUUUUGGAUCUAUGUAGUAGUUGUAAUAACAAAUAUUUAAAUAGCUAUUUUUGAUGUCAUUUAAUAAAAAUCAUAACUCUGGUCUUUUUCCCCCCUUACCAUUGUUACCCAGAUUUUUUAAGAAUUCAUCCCACAUCCAGAAAAUAUUAACUGUAGGGAUUGCUGACCAAGCAAAGUUUUGCAUCAAAAUGUCACCUCCUUGCUCUGACCAAAGACUGGCUGUUCUGGUUUUAACUCCUCUCUGUUCGGCAUUCUUUCCCAAGCUCCUUUCUGAAAGAAGACCCAGUGCAAAGCAGCCUUUACUUUCUAUUUCCUAUUGGUGAAUAGACUACUUUAGAGAAAAUGGGGGUUUAAAUGUGAACAGAAUGGAUUACGAUGACAAGGGUUUGAUGGGCAUUUUCAGUACUGUAUUUAAGAAAAAAAAAUAGCACAGCUAGGAGCCUCUGACAUUGUCUUGUGUUCUACAUGGUCUGUUCAUAAAAUUCCCUUUUUCAGUUUGUAAGAAUGUUCAUCUAACAGAAGAAAAUGCUGUAAAUAUUUGUAGCAACAUUUUUUUUUAACCAGGCCAAAAAAGGAAAAAAAAAUGUUUUGGGGAACAAGUUAACAUAUAAAGUGGUUUUAUAUAAAACGUCAAUUGUCUUGUAUAUUUUGAUAAGCAGCAGUACCAGCUUUCAUUUGUAACACAGUUUGUGGCAUUGGAAGAAAAGGAUUCUGUGAUUGUUGAAGUGAAUUAUGUUAUAAAUGCAAAGAGAAGAUAAAAUAUUAAAAAACAUAUUUUCUAAAUGCGAAGUGCAUGGUUAAUUCAAGCUUCUGUACACUACAGUAUAAUCCAUUUUUGUUCAGUUUGUAUAUUUGCUGACUAUUACUUGGUAUCUCUAAUCUCUUUUCCUAACAAGUAUAGCAUUGUAGCAUGCCUUUUAAUAAAUGUCAUGACAUCUGUACGCUCUUAAAAUU